GCUGACCUGUCCCGACUGUCCCCUGAGGAGAGAUGGAGGGUCGAGCACGCGCGAAUGCACGCCAAGCAUCACGGCCACGAGGCCAUGCAUGCCGAAAUGGUCCUCAUCCUCAUUGCCACGCUAGUGGUUGCACAGCUCCUCUUGGUACAGUGGAAACAGAGGCAUCCUCGCUCCUACAACAUGGUGACCCUCUUCCAGAUGUGGGUUGUUCCCCUUUAUUUCACAGCAAAGCUGCACUGGUGGCGAUUCCUGGUGAUUUGGGUCUUCUUCUCUGCUGUCACGGCCUUUGUCACUUUCAGAGCAACUCGGAAACCUCUUGUGCAGACAACCCCCAGGUUGGUCUAUAAAUGGUUUCUGCUGAUAUACAAGAUCAGCUAUGCCACUGGAAUUGUUGGCUACAUGGCUGUAAUGUUCACUCUGUUUGGUCUUAACUUAUUAUUCAGAAUCAAACCCGAAGAUGCAAUGGAUUUUGGCGUUUCCCUCUUGUUCUAUGGCCUUUAUUAUGGAGUGCUUGAGAGGGACUUUGCUGAAAUGUGUGCAGAUUACAUGGCAUCAACCAUAGGGUUCUACAGUGCAUCAGGACUGCCCACGAAGCACCUUUCUGACAGUGUCUGCGCCGUGUGUGGCCAACAGAUCUUUGUAGAUGUCAAUGAAGAAGGGAUAAUAGAGAACACGUACAGGCUCUCCUGCAAUCAUGUAUUCCACGAGUUCUGCAUCCGCGGCUGGUGCAUCGUUGGAAAGAAGCAGACGUGUCCGUACUGCAAAGAGAAGGUGGAUCUCAAGCGAAUGUUCAGUAACCCCUGGGAAAGGCCCCACGUCAUGUACGGGCAGCUACUCGACUGGCUGCGCUACCUGGUGGCCUGGCAGCCUGUGAUCAUUGGACUGGUCCAAGGUAUCAACUACAUCCUGGGGCUGGAAUAAAUCCUGAGCGGCCAGCGAGCCAUGGACAUCGCCGCAGGACUUCCACAGCCACGGCGGAGGGCAGCAGCUGGCCAGGACGACUUGCUUGCGUCAUUCACCUCUCAGGAUCUUACACGCCCACGGCACGUCUGCGGGGACUAAGGGAAAGACUUUGCGAUGGCCACGUCCCAGCCAAGCAGGUUCCUGCUGGAGCGGGGGAAGGGCACUCUUUUUUAAAAGCCAAUUAUUUUAAUGUGCAUAUUUAAAACCUUUAUAUUGCAGAUUAAAAAGGAAAUGAACGUUUGUCCCACUUCCCUCUUCCAGCCCCCUCUCCGCUUAGUUGUUUUCUCCCCCGGAACAAAGAAAGCCAAGCUGGUUUUGGAAGCUAGCAGAGACCUCUUGCAGAAACCUCCAGCACCUCGCUAGCUACCUCCCCGCCCCCUCCAGCUAAAUCAAGUCCCUUGGCACUUGUUCAGGUUUCUUCUUCACAUCAGCCGCCAGCAACUCUGCCGUAAGCUGGUGGCCAAGGGGUCCUGCGGCCCGUGAUAAAAGCCAGCUGGAUUCCCCAAUAGUCAGAGCCGGGUGCUGACAUGCAGUGAACCAGGGAAAAGGCGCCUGCGGUGAGCCAAGCUCAGAACUGUGCAGCUGGACGCAGGCCUCGGACGUCUCACACCCUCUUCGUUGCCACGUCGAUGCAGAAUGGGUCAGCGCUGCCCUGGAGGACAGAUGAAGAGCCCUGGGCCCAUGGCGGGGGGCUCACUACAAAGGUGCAAUGCAGGCAGGUAGCGACCGCCAGCAAAGGGAGGUAACGUCGCCGCCCUGCAUCGUGCUCAGGAGGGAGUACACCCAGGAUGUGGCGCUGCCCCCAGUGGAAAACGUUGGGAUGAAGUAGGUCACACUCGGCUCCCCUCUUGCUGAGCGAGGUACCAAAAAGAACUGACCUGUAUUGCGGACGCAGUGGAGUGGGGCAAGCCAUCUCUGCUGGCCCGCUGACCUUGUUUGGA